GGUUGUUCUUAGCUCUCGACCGAUAUUCUCUUGCCGUCUCAAGCAUUAGGCCUAAUUUGAUCUGACGAGACUCGUGCCUCACGCUAGCGUUCUGUCACAGCUGCAUCUGCAAUAGCCUAACCAACACCUGUCUUGUAGUAAUGGAUUUCACGAUUCGGGCUGCCACGCUUGAAGACUGCAAGGACAUCUCACGCAUGAUAAUGGAACUGGCCGAAUAUGAGAAACUCUCGGACCGCGUUAAAGUUACUCAAAGAGACUUGGAGCAGGAUGGAUUUUCCAAAAAUCCAUUUUUCCAUGGAAUAAUCGCAGAGGUUCCUGAAAAGCACAAGUCAAAAGAGGGUCAUACCAAGGUGGGUUACUCCUUGUAUUUCUACACAUACAGCUCUUGGAAAGGCCGCGCUGUGUACAUGGAAGACCUGUAUGUGAUGCCUGAGUUCAGAGGUAAAGGCAUUGGGAAAGCGCUGAUGAGCAAGGUUGCCCAGCUUGGUCUUGCUGCUGGAUGUAACCAGUUAGAUUUUACUGUAUUGGACUGGAACAAGCCGUCGCUUGAUUUCUACCUGAGUCAGGGCUGCUUGGACAUCACUGCCAACAUUGGGUAUCACUGCAUGCGCUGUGAGGGCGACGCCCUUGAACGCCUGGCCCAGGGUGACACUUAAAAGAAUGGAGCACGUCUGCUCACCCCUGACCUCAUGCCUUAAGGCCAGAGGUCACACAUCUAACUUAUAUGACAAUUCAAAAUAAAGCAAAAACAUUGUACAGUACCUCAUCCAGGUAAUAUAUGAAGUAAUGUUUUCCACUCUGUGUGUCCAUCCGUCCAUAUACCCGAUACACCAACCCCAUCUUAGCUGUGAGGUAAUGAGGAAAAGGUGAUGUCAACCAAAGAUUUUCGCAGUUUUGUAGUAAAACUUGAAGUACUGUUCAUUUUUGUGAAGCACAAAACCAGUAAGUGUUAGACGUCAACCUGUUUGCUGCUGAACGAUUAGUCCUGUUGUGUCCUCCCUCGGGCUAUAACUGAAAAACGACUGCGACUGAAAAACGACAAGUAACUCAGACGUACCUUGGGGCUCAGCUGGUUUUUGAUUGAUUGGAAUCCGUUAUAUCCAUUGUUCAUUUUAGGCGCUUCAUUCAUAAAUUUGAUCUCAGACAUUUAAAGAUAGUGUCGGUCAUUUCCAGUUGGUAGAAUGACCACAUAAAGCCAUUAACUGUUUCAUGAAAAUGUUUGAUGUUAUAGCUGUGUUGUAAGUAAAUAACCACUAACAGGGUAGUUUAGGAAACAGUAUGAAACAGGCGAUGGUUAAUGGUUAAGAGUUUUGUCCCAGGGUUUUAAUAUUUAGACUGUUAAUUUAAACAUAUUUGACCAGUGGCCUGAUAGGACAGGCCUCUAAA